UUGCCCAAAGGGGCUACAAUAGCGCCGCUCAUUCUGUCCUCUGACAAGACAAAGCUCUCACAAUUCCGGGGGGAUAAGUCCGCAUGGCCGGUUUACCUGACAAUUGGAAAUAUCGACAAGGCGACGUGGCCACAGACAAAUGCCCAUGCCACAGUCCUGAUAGGAUACUUGCCCGUUGCCAAACUCGACUGUAUGUCUGAAAAAAUGCGAUCGUUGGCCGGUUAUCGACUCUUUCAUGAAUGUAUGGCUUGCCUCCUCGAGCCGCUGAUUGAGGCUGGACGCAACGGUUUGGAUGGCUAUGUCCGGCGCGUUCACCCCAUCCUGGCUGCAUACGUCGCUGACCAUCCCGAGCAGUGCCUUGUGGCAUGCUGCAAGGAAAACUUCUGUCCGAAGUGCCGAGUGCCGCCAGACAAACACGGUGAGAUGAACUUCGAUAUCCCAUCAAGAAACGCAGGACGCACCAUUACAAUCCUCAAACAUCACUCUACGGGACGACGUGUGAUAGCUUUCCAAGACAAAGGUCUGCGACCUGUCUAUGAACCCUUCUGGGCCGAACUCCCUCACUGCGACAUAUUCUCCUGCUUCACCCCAGAUCUGUUGCACCAGCUCCAUAAGGGGGUCUCCAAAGAUCACCUCGUCCAGUGGUGCGUCCGCAUCCUUGAUGAAGAGGAAGUCGAUUCG